CGAACGGUGUUUUGCACUUGGAGACAAUGGUGGUGGUACGAAAAGCAUAACCUCAGAAGCAUUCCUCUUUAGGCUGAAAAACCGUUAAAAACAAAUAUUCCGUGAACAAAUCCUUGAUUUUAUAUCAAAAGCAGCUUUUUUUAAGUGUGUUUUACUUAUUUUGGAAAAGUUUUGCGUUUGGUUAAAUUAGGCACACAUGGUGCUAUGAAAAUUCGUUGAAAUUCUUUUAAAAGGUACUUGAUUGUUUGUCAUUUCUUAGGUUUUUUCCCCUCACUCAGCUCGUUGUCAAUUAGUAGCAGCAUGUCUGGCUCUCUUACACAAUUGCUCUUAUGCAUGAUUGGUAUUUAUGGAUCCUUCCUUUCAUGGGCUGUCAUGCAAGAGAAGAUUAUCACUCGAACCUAUGAUGGAGAACGAUUUCGCUGUCCAGUUUUGCUUACACUGGCUCAGUCUUUGACAACGGUUUUGUGCGGGUUUGUCUGGAAUUGGUUGCAUGGUGUACGAACAAAAGGCUUGACUGAACCCAAGUUCCUUGGCUAUUUUUCUAGCAUUGCUCUUUCGUCGAGUUUGAGCUCCUAUUUUGGGUAUGCCAGUAUGUUUCAUUUAUCAUACCCAACGGUCAUCCUUGGAAAGUCGUGCAAACUCUUGCCCGUUAUAGCUCUCCACGUGUUGUUAUACAAACGAAGAUUUCCCCCUCAUAAGUACCUAAUCGUCUCUUUGAUUACCUCCGGUGUCACUGUAUUUAGCUACUUUCAAAGCGCUGGUUCGAAAAGUAAGCAUGCAGAAAAUGACAGUCUAUUCGGCUUGCUUCUCUUGUUCUUCAAUUUAUUCAUGGACGGGAUUACAAACACCACUCAAGACAAAGUUUUCGGUAAAUACAAGGUUUCGAGCACCACUAUGAUGAUCGCUGUCAAUCUGGGCAUUACUUGCCUAAAUGCAUUAUACUUUAUAUCGCCUUUUUCAAAUCAGCAAGAAGCUUUGGCAUUUUUACAAGCUCAUCCUUCCCUGAUACGUGACAUUGUAUUGUUUGCUUGUACUGGAUCUGUUGGUCAAUUGUUUAUAUUUUACACCCUAGAGAAAUUUGGUAGUAUCACAUUGGUGACAAUUACGUUGACACGGAAGAUCUUUACAAUGCUUCUUAGUAUUGCUUAUUUCCACCAUUCCGUUUCUUUGCUUCAAUGGGCUGGCAUUGCACUUGUUUUCUUAGGAAUCUCUACAGAAGCCUUUUUGAAGAUCACAGCUAAAAACAACUCUAAAGAGAGAAAAGCAAAAUAGUCAUCUUCAUUUCUAUAUUUAUUUAUAACAUCCUUCGUUUAACUAUAAAUAAUACUUGGAUUCAUUUCGUCUAGAUCAGAACAUUAAUUACUGUGAAGCUCCAGUCCGUAAAAUUAAAAGUACAUGCAAG